AUGGAGCCGGCGAGCUUUGAAACUGGAGACCCGUCUUCGUCGCCAGCCCGAGAUGGGCCAACCUCCGCCACUGCUACGCCAGACCGCAACAGCGUGGGCGUGGUCCCACCCUACUGGCAAUCCCACCAGCGCAAUGCCUCGUAUCUGAGUAACUACUCUGCUGACAACGGCCGCCCCACCCCCAUCGGCCUCGAGGACCAUACCGAUGAGGACUCGGACCACUGCAAAGUCCUCUGGGCCAAGGGUGUCACGAUAGAUGAUUACGUUGUCAUCGGCGGGCCAUCACCGGGCUUUGGGGCUUACGUUGUCUUUAAUUGUACGGUCGAGACACUGGAUGGUGGUCCCAUGAAGAUACGCAAGAGAUACUCCGAGUUUGAAGAUCUGCACACCAAGCUGCUCCAGACGUUUCCUCAUGCCGCGGGUUCCAUGCCGCACUUCCCACCCAAAUCCGUAAUAUCUCGCUUUAGGCCCCGUUUUCUGGAAAAGCGGAAACAAGGACUCUCGUACUUUCUCAAUUGCGUUUUGCUGAACCCGGAGUUUGCUGGGUCGCCCGUCCUGAAGGACUUUCUCUUCUCGUGAUGUCUCGUGUUUGGCUUCGACACUGUGUUGACAUUCGCGUUGAUGUUUCAGUGUGGUAUGUAGGAGUUGAAUACCUAGGUAUGCUAUUGAUUGUUGUGGUGCUAUGGUGUGCCCAGCUAUAGCAAGUAAAUCAUCACUGACAUGUCACGAUCUCUCAAUCUCUCAAUUGCCCUUCCAAUAGAAGGACGUCCUGUAGUCAGUUCUAGCGAAAGCGUUAUGGUGUUCAAGUCGAUAGUUGAUGUCGCCCAUUCGCACUGAUUGGCUACCAACGUCAGUGGCGCUACGCUUCCAAGUAUCUCACAUGCGCUGUACUGCAAUUCGUUGAAUAAUCUUCUGAUGUACAUGGCGAUAUGGAGAGGGGAGGGCCUGCUAUAGAGCUUAAUCGAACCUCAUCCUGUUUGCAAGUGUCUUGGUGAGGCGUACGGGAGCGUCGUGGGUGCAGCAGCUCGUUUGGCAAAC